UUCCAAGUCCCCACCUCUCUCCUAAACAGAUUAUUGAGGAGCUAAAGGAGCUUGCAUUGGUCCCUGUGUCGUCUCAAUAAGGCUUAAGAGUUCCAGAGGAAACAGAUGGGAUAAGAAAACCAGGGGAUCUAAUUACAGAGGCUUAUUUAGCAAUACAAGGCCCGUCCAGAACCCAGUCGCAAGCCUCAAGCCGCCGCUGCUCCUCGCAAUUUCUCUUUCAUAGUUAUUCGUCUCAAAGCCUUGAGACGGCUACGGUUGUUUAACAUGGAGAACGAGGAAGAGGAAGAUGAAAUCUUUACCACAUUUCAGGGAGGAUAUGAAAGGCAGGAAGAUGCGAAGGAGCAAGAGGAAGAAGAAGAACAAGAGGAAGAGGAGCCAGAGGCUGAGAGGAAAAGCAGUUGGGAUGUCCCAAUUCCAAGUCGAUCACUGGCCAGUCGCAGAGCUUCACUUCCAUGUCCGGCUCAGCUGAAUGCGAUGCAUCUGAGCCGUCUGCACACUGCCACCACAAGCCCUAGCCCUAGUCCAGCGUACCUGAGCCACUGGCUUCAGAGCGGUGAGGCAAGGCCGUGCUCUCGCUCCAGCCAUGUUGCCAAUAGCGAAGAGGAAGCACACACCAAGAGCAACGCAUGUGAACGACGCCCACAUGCCAUCCCAACCAUCCCUGAGAUGCACGAGCCUCUGGAGAGAAAAGCUCGGUUUAGGAGCCGCAAUGUCAUGUCUCUGAGUGAUGCAGACAGUUUGUGUCUGAUCUGCCAUGACGACCUAUGCAAAGGAGGAGGAGUUAUCAGAAAGCUUCACUGUUCCCACAGCUUCCACAGUGAGUGCAUAGAGGAAUGGCUGUGGACCAAGCAGACCUGUCCCACGUGUCAAAAGCAUGUUGCCAUGCCAGAGCCCCUGUACUGGACAUCUACCAGAGUAAUAGUGCCCUGAGCUCUUCCAGCCAUCUCCCAUUCAAACUACCUUGGACGUCAGAUGGCUAACCAAAACAUCAGACAUGAUGGUGGAUAACUGACAAUGGAUAAAGUUAUUCAGAGAAACAUACUGGUAGAGCAUUUCUGUGUACAUAGGCUAAAUUAUUUUAACUUCACUAAGUGUAAAACUAGUUUUUUCUUUAAAACAUACUUACAUAUUAAGAAAAUGUGUUAUUUUCUAUUGUUUUUCUUUUUCUGCAGAAAUGUAAGCAAACAGCACAAGUUGUAUGAAGUUGUACAAUUGAACAUUUUAAAAUGUACCUCGCUAUAUUA